UUAUAAACUCUCAGAAGGCAAGGGUGGAGGGUUCAUGCUCUUCUUAGGCAAUCGGCCUUCCACCCCGUCUGAGACAACGCUGGUAACUUAAUUAGUGUAGAACCCCGUUAAUCCCCCUCUGGUACGAUGUUCAAGCGUAAGUUAUUUCGUCCAUCUUGGAAGCGUUAGGCCUCCAAGCCUUAGAGCCCGUCCUUGAUGACUCUCUGAUUUCCCGUCAUGUCAACGCACGUCAUCUCUCAAUUUCCUCCGCUUCCGCAUCGGAUGCGUCACUGACCUCCUCCCGCGGUAAGCGAUCCGGGAACCAUCCAAACCGUCCCAGCUCAACAGAAUACUCGCCCAUGCUGUUCACAUGCACGUCCACCCCUUCCUCCCCAAGUGCGGCCGCCUGUCUCGCGGCAGAACCGGGGCCACUUUACCCUAGAUUUUAGUAUGCAAGAUAGAGAUAUAACAAGUAUAAUGAUCAAUGGAAAGGAAACUGUGAAUGCAUACCGAUGAGGUAUUAUUCCCUUGGCGUUUAGCACACGCUGCCACGGUACGUUCUGGUCGUGGUAGAAGUGGUCUGUCCCCGGGCUGUUGGACGGGAGAUAUUUGAGGCACAUGCCUACCUGGCGCGACCGUUGAGCUAAAUAGAGAAGGCUGUCAUGUCAGUAUAACGUAGAUAUUUAACUAGUAAGUUAAUCCUUUCUAUCACAACGUUCUAUCUGUAGCUGGACACAUCUUCUGCUAAAUAUCGCAAGAAUAGAAAUCACCAACACUCGUUAUAACAAAAUUACAUAUGACUGAAUCUAAAAUAGGCGGUGGGAAAAGUAGGGGGAAAUGAAUGAAAGCUCACGCUGCCCGAGGAGCCAUGCGAUAUGGCCGUACGAGCUCACUUUACCACGGGGAAUCUGCUGUACAGCAUCAUAAACGGCAUUGUACCACCACUCCGCCUCAUCGGAGCGAGCCAUGACGGGGAAUUCCAAUUCGUAGAGUGUGUUAUGUUUGAUAAGCCUCCAUUCAAGCACAGGAAAUAAACCCGCCUUACAAACAGUUGAUAUCAUCUCGUAUUCGUAUCUUGUGAGUUAUCGGAUAAUUGAUGUUCCGUGUCCUGAAGCUCUUACAUAGAUUGCUGUGAACGGGGACAAACCAAGCGUACAACUAAACCACAAGAAUACUCACAUCCACGCUCGCAAUGUCCCUAGCCGCCUACCUAGCUAAAAACUACCUCACUGCAGACACACCCUCAACCUCUGACCGCCCCAAAAAGAAGCGAAAGAAAAGUAAACACGCCGACCGGGACACCGAAUCGGGUGGCUUGAUAAUCGCAGACGACGACCCACCAGACCUCCGCAGCUCAUCUAUAAAGUCCAGGAGCCAUGGAUACGGGCGCGGCAGCGGUGAUGAUGAUGGUGGUGAUGAUGACUCCCCAUACACAAUAGCUAGUGCGGGUCAUUCGGCCGAAUUCCGCAAAUCGAAAAAAUCCAGCUGGAAGACGGUAGGCGGGCCUGCAGCGCCGUCAAAUGCCGAGCAGGCGGCGGCAGACGCCAUUCUUGCCUCAGCUGCCGCGGAGCAAGCUGCUCAUGCACAAGAGAGCGAAGAUAAGCCUGUUAUUGCCGAUGCGGAACACGAUGGCGAGCUACGAAUGGAGUCCGGUGCGCGGGCGGGUUUACAGACAGCUGAAGAGACGGAGGCCAUGGUAGCUGCCCAACAGCGGAAACGGGAGCGGGAAUCUCUUGCGAUGAAGAAGAAAUCCGGCAAGACGGGCGGGAAUGGUAACGGACUAGAGUCCGAGACCAUCUACCGCGACGCGAGCGGGCGGAUAAUCAACGUGGCGAUGAAGAGGGCAGAGGCACGGCGGGCGGCGGAGGAAGCGGCGGCAGCCGAAGCGGCGGCCAAAGAGGCGUUGAAGGGCGACGUGCAGCGGCGUGAGAGGGAGGCGCGGAGGGAGGCGGUGCGGGAGGCCAAAUAUAUGCCAUUGGCAAGGACAGUCGAGGAUGAAGAGAUGAAUGCGGAGCUGAAGGCUAGGGUGAGAUGGAAUGACCCCGCUGCGGAGUUUUUGACUUCGAUCAAAGGCGCUGGCUCAGUUGGUGCUGGUGUCAGUGUUGGUAGGGGGAAGAGUGGGAGGAAGGUAUAUACAGGGCCCGCUGCGCCGAAUCGGUAUGGGAUACGGCCCGGACAUAGGUGGGACGGGGUAGACCGGGGGAAUGGAUUUGAGCAACAAUGGUUUGAAGCGCGGAAUAAGAUAAAGAUGCGGGAAGGCUUAGAGUAUGCUUGGACGAUGGACGAGUAGGGGGUUGGGUUGUGCUUUUUUUUUUUUUUUUUUUUUUUUUUUGGAGGUCUCUCUUCUUCAAUUUCCUUGUACCAGGUUUUAAUUAAUUGCGAAGCUGGUCUCGUGGGAAAAUUAGGGCAGGAAUUUGAUGAUUUACGGCAUAGUUAUUAGAUAUACCCAUUUCUUGAAACGUACGGAGUUAUCAUAAAGGAAACCACUUUCUCACUCCCAAGACCUAGAGCAGCAGACGCUGCAAACUUGCCAUGAAGUGUAGCUCAGCAAGACCAGUUAACUAAGCCCAUUCAUUGGACAUGACGUAAUAUGGCAUGAAUAUAUAUUUACACCAGUACACAUUAUUAAUUCCACCAGAUCCGGCCUCCUAAUAUACGAUAAUGUGAUUAUAAAGUGGUAUAAAUAAUCUCUAACAAAACUCCCUCAACACCCUGCUAACUAUCCAAAAUGUAACGAUGCCUAGAUGGAAAUGGUAAGGCUCUGUCAUUAAAGAGAACAGCCUAGCACACUAAGGAGUAGGUGCUUGAACAGCAGGGGGAGGCGGGACAGAAGGUCGGUCAGAACACAAUUACAAUCCGAACUGGUGAGGGUAGCGAAAAAGGAGGACAAGAAGAGGAAAACAAUGGGUAACUAUAUAUAGGAAGCGAAGAGAUUGGGCCAGUAAGAAGGAUAAAACCUAACCAUAUGUUCAAGUCUCUCGCUAAUCCUACCCACCACCUACCUACCUACAUACUGACAUAUGUCUAUAUAUAUAUAUUAGGCAAAUGGGUUGUGGGGGCUAGGCAAUGAAUA